AUCCAUAUCAUCAAAUUUUGUGUUUCACAGCUUUUCAUUACUAGUUUGGUACUUGCUCCAAUAAACCUCAUGGCAGCCUUUAACACACAACAAAACUAUGACAAGUAUAGUGAACAAAAAGCCUUUGAUGACACAAAAGCAGGUGUUAAAGGUCUUAUUGAUGCUGGAAUUACUGAAGUACCUAAAAUAUUCAAUCAUCCGGAGGCUUUACAACAUAACCCCUCAAAUCCUAAAACUACACAUUUCAUAUUCCCUUUAAUAGACCUCCAGAACAUCAACAACAACAAGAAAGAAAUAGUUAAACAAAUUCAAGAAGCAUCAGAGACAUGGGGUUUUUUCCAAGUGAUCAAUCAUGGUAUUCCAAUGUCAAUCCUAGAUGAAAUGUUGCGAGGGACGCGACGUUUUCAUGAGCAAGAUGUAGACAUAAAAAAGCCAUACUAUAGUAGAGAUGUUGCAAGGAAUGUUAUGUAUAACUCCAAUUUUGAUUUGUUUAGUGAUAAAGCUCUUGCGGCAAAUUGGAGGGAUUCACUUUAUUCUGUCAUGGCUCCUAGUCCUGCUAAGCCUGAGGAAUUGCCUGAGGCAUGCAGGGAAAUUACAAUUGAAUACUCAGAUCAAGUGAUGAAAUUGGGAUACACAUUGCUUGAGUUAUUAUCAGAGGGACUUGGUCUCAAACCUAACCAUCUCAAAGAAAUGGGAUGUGCUGAGGGGCUAGGCAUAUUGUGCAAUUACUACCCUUCAUGCCCACAACCAGAACUUGCAAUGGGCACAAGUAAACAUGCUGAUGGUGACUUUUUCACAGUGCUUUUGCAAGAUGAUAUUGGUGGACUUCAAGUUUUUCACAAGAAUCAAUGGGUUAAUGUUCCUCCUACUCAUGGAGCUUUAGUUAUCAAUAUUGGUGACAUUCUCCAGCUUAUAUCGAAUGACAAGUACAAGAGCUUGGAGCACAGAGUAUUGGCAAAUAAAAUUGGACCAAGAAUAUCAGUAGCAAGUUUCUUCAGCACAGGGCCAUUUGCAUCUUCCAGAAUUUAUGGACCAAUUGAGGAAUUAUUAUCAAAAGACAAUCCUCCAAAGUAUAGAGCAACAACAAUGAAGGACUUCUUUGAAUAUUCCAAUAAGAAAGGACUUGAUGGGAGUUCUAAUUUGUCUCACUACAAAAUAAUUUGAACUAUAAGAUGUGGAGUUGAAGUAAUGUCUUUUUGUUUGAACAAC